GCUGUUGUUUACGAGUACCCGCACUUUGAAGAGGACCAGCUCAAACUCCCAGUCAGACAGCCACCACCAUGAGAGAGUUCAAGAGCAAGGAAUUCUGGAGGGCUGUUCUGGCCGAACUGGUUGGCAUGACCCUAUUCAUUUUUCUCAGCAUCUCCACAGCUCUUGGGCACCCUACCAACGGCAAUCCAGAGCAGGAGGUGAAAGUGUCUUUGGCCUUUGGAUUAGCCAUUGCAACGCUUGCCCAAAGUUUAGGUCAUAUAAGUGGAGCCCAUCUAAAUCCUGCAGUGACCCUUGGGAUGCUUGCUAGUUGCCAGAUCAGCGUGCUCAAGGCAGUUAUGUACAUAGUGGCUCAAAUGCUAGGUUCAGCCCUGGCCAGUGGCAUUUUGUAUGGAGCACGGCCAAGUAACACUACUGCUCUGGGACUCAACUCUCUGAGUGGUGUCACUCCCAGCCAAGGCGUGGGCAUAGAGCUCUUGGCAACCUUCCAGCUGGUGCUGUGUGUUAUUGCAGUGACUGAUAAAAGACGGCGUGAUGUCACCGGCUCAGCACCCCUGGCCAUUGGCCUCUCGGUCUGCUUGGGACAUUUGGCAGCUAUCAGCUACACAGGCUGUGGCAUCAAUCCUGCUCGCUCCUUUGGUCCAGCUUUGAUCCUAAAUGAUUUUACAAACCACUGGGUGUACUGGGUGGGUCCAAUGUGUGGCGGUGUGGCAGCAGCCCUCAUAUAUGAUUUCUUGCUUGCUCCCAAAAUGGAUGACUUCCCAGAGCGUAUGAAAGUCCUGGUCAGUGGCCCAGUGGGUGACUACGAUGUUAACGGAGGCAACGAUGCUACAACUGUGGAGAUGACGUCGAAGUAGUAGUAAUUACAAACAUUUAAUGUCAGUGUACAUGUUUAUGCUCUUGUAAAGGAAUUAAAUGAAAACAAAAGUUCUUGUAGUGUAAGAACUUAGCAUUUUUGUGUUACAUUGAAAUACCAAUGAGGAUUGUUUUCUACGGGUCAGCUAGUGUUGCUUUCUAACUCACUCUUUAUAUUGACCCAUGCACAAAUUUUUUAUCCAGACUGCAUCUCAAGCAUACAAGUUGGAGUUGAAACAACGCAGUGUGGUGAUUUUUCUUUUUUUUUUUUUUUAUCAGUAUUCGAUGUUGAGCCAUUUUUGUAUAUUUCAAUGUAUCUUUAUCACUUUUUAUUUCUUAUGGAUAAUAUAUUGUGCGUGCACUUAAAUGUCUUUCACUUUUUUAAGUAAAAUAAAACACUCAUUGAGAAAUCA